AUGAAAGGGCAAGAGUCGAAUGCGUCAUGGGAGAGCUCGAUCAUCGAGGGCCAAUUGUCAAAAAAUCUAGCAAGGUACACCUUAUUAUUAGACAAAUUAUCGACACUUUCUCAGAUAGACAAGCUGUCAGAAGUGAUAGCCAACGACUACACAAAACAAUCUAAACAAUUAAAUACGUUUGUGCAACAGUCACAAUCAUCGCUCAACAAGCAGUCUCGGAAACUAGAACUACAAAGAACCAACCUUACAACUACUUUGACCCAGUUUCAUGAAACCGUGGGUACCAUAUCUUGCUCAAACGCAAGAGCAAAAGCUAUACAUGAUGAUAUUGAAACGGUUGAUCAGGAGCGAGCUUUGGUCAACAAAACGCUACAGUUUGUGAAAGACGUCAGGACGCUAAAGAAUAAUAUUUCACUGGCGCAUUCAGCUUUAGAAACAAAAGAUUACCUAGUUGCUGCGACAGCAAUCAAUGAAAUUAGAAGCCUCCCAGAUAAAAACCUUAUUGUAUCUGAGUUUGCUAAGAAAGUGGUGCCCUCGAGUGAAAUUCCUGAAGAGCCAGCUAUACUAAUAAAGAAUUGGUGUAAAGAGCUGACAGGCUUAUUCCGGGAGCAAUUCAUGAAAGCAACAAGAACACAGGAUAUUAAAGAGUUAACCUUAAUGUUCAAAAUGUUUCCUAUGAUCGGGCAGGACGUGCUUGGCUUAGAUCUGUAUUCCAAAUACGUCUGUGAUAUUAUUGCAGAUGAAAGCAGGAAAAUUAUGUCCAAUUCUAUGGAAAAUAGCACCAAAUUCCAAGGAUUCUUUUCUCAAGUACUCUUGCAUCUUUUCAAAAUUGUAUCCACUAUCAUUAACGACCAUUCAAAAGUCAUCGCCACGUGUUAUGGAAAAAAGCAUAUGGUGCAUGUUAUGGAAAAAGUUGAAAAGGAAGCUGAUCUUCAAGCUAGCUUGAUUCUAGACAUUUUCAUGGAAACAAGGAAAAUAGACAGAACCAUACAUGAUAUCAAUGAUUGGGCACAUUCGCAAAAGAGUGAAGAUAGGAAUAUGGGCAGUAAUCAAUCUGAUAACGAAACAGACGGAGAGACGGAAAAAAACUCAAUCAUAUCCAUUCAUGACUUAGCAGUAUUGAUAAUAGAAUUUUCUCAAAUAUUGCAGAACUGGUCCAUGUAUUCUAGAUUCUAUUCAGUUAAAUGGAAUGAAUUUAGCGAUUUGCAUCCGCAUGUAUUGCAACCACCUCCACCAAUAUCAGACGGUAAAUUUGCCUUAAAACUGGAACAAGAUAAAGUAUUUGAUGAAUUCCAGGCGUUUGUGUUGAACCACCUACACAGAUCAUUCAAAAAUAGUAUUUCAUUGGAAGAAUUACCUUCACUGAAUGAUCUUAUAACUACCGUCCCCUUCAACGACCAUGAUAAAAAUUCAUACCCUGUAACGUCUGUUUUAGAUGAUUUGAUAUUACUGGUUCGGAAAAAUCUAAUAUCGGUGGUUAAUACUGGUCAGUUUAAGCUCUUAUCAAGUUUUUUGAACGAGUUGGUAAAAUUUUUUCAGAACCGAUUUCUGGUCAAGUUCAUGCAAAACAAAUUCAAGUUGCUACAAUCGAAACUAACUCCGAAUAUAUCAUUGAAAAGAUACAUCCCAAAAGGGGAAGAACAAUCCGCAACAUCAAGAUCUGUUUCUCCACCAGCAAAUAAGUUUUCUCCGUUGAGCAGGUUUACUUUUAGAGGUGCAGCCGCUAGCGCUUUAACAAAUAUUCAAUCAAAUUUACAGGCCGUGGUUGCAGAGGACGAAGAUUCCAUCCUUUCGUUACAUCAUUACUUGAUUUACCUGAACACGUUGUAUUUGAAUAAAGUAUAUGUCCACAGGCUCUUAUCCAUAGAAAUAUUAGAGGAAGAUUCGCAGAGGAUUCUGAGGGACAAUUUCCCAUUCAACAACGAUGCGGUGCAGUUACAGACUUUGAUUACAAACUCAGAAAAAUUAAUCUUGGAACAAACAGACAAGCUAAGCAAGUGGGCCGUUAAAUACUUGUUUCAGAAUAUCUUACAAAAUAGAAUCCGGAAUUUAUUGGGAACGGUUUUUGUUAAUUCCGCCUCAUCAAACUCCUCAAUGUCUAACCAAAAUAAUGUGUCUCGUGAUUAUUCCGCUGGUGCGAACCAAAGGAAUUACAUCACAAGUAUAGAAGAUUUCGAAGAUCUGUCGCAGAUUAACAGUUUCAAUAGCAAAUGGAACCAAUUGAUUACUCCUUACAGAAACAUUCUCCACAACGAAGCAUAUGUGGAGUUGCUAUCUAUCAUAGUCAACUACAUAGUGGCAACAUUGGAACAAAGGAUAUGGUCUCUAGAAUUCAAUGAACUUGGCGUUACAAAACUAGAUAGAGAGCUCAGCCUCUUCAUCGGUAAUAUAUGUGGCUUGAACUAUAAUUUAAGAGAGAAAUUCUUAAAAUUGACACAGAUUGUGUUGCUUCUCGGCUUAGAUGAUGACAACUUUGAUUUGGCUACAGGUGAUAUCAAGGAUGACUUCAAUGGUGCUUUCGAUUGGGUGAUAAACUCCCAGGAAAGAAUUAAAGCUAGAAAUAUGAAGAUUGAUAGAAGACAGUAA